GCGCGCGGAGCCGUGAACAUCGGGGCUCGUCCGUGUGACUCCGGUGCUCAGUGCUUGUGUUAUCUCUUCUAUAUAUUUAUAUAUACAUAUAUAUAAAUAUAUAUAUAUAUAUAUAUAUCGAUCUAUCGAGGAUCGAAUCUACAGUGCUCGAGAUUCUUCCUGAGGUAGUGGCGUAUUUUUUUCGCUGCUGAGGACGAGAGGAGGACCAUGGACGCGUGGAUGUACGAUGUGGUAAUGUCGAGUCUGUAUGAUGUCUGACGCUACCACGGAAAGCAUGAUCGGGAAUAACAGGACGAUGCCCAACAUCAAGCAGGAAAUCGAUAACCCAACGACGCCCACGCAAAAUUAUCAAGUAUGCUCGCCAACCACGACUCUUCAACAACAGGAGUCAAUAUGCACAAAACUGGACAUCCAGCCGGAUUAUGGUGGCAACAGCGGCAGCCCGGAGAGUCCGGAGAUGCAUCAUUGUUCCUCGACAACGCAGCCACUUGGCACUCCAGAUGACGGCGUUAAGGAGGAGGAUAUGAUACCCAGGAGACUCUGCCUGGUUUGCGGCGACGUCGCGAGCGGUUUUCACUACGGGGUCGCCUCGUGCGAGGCGUGCAAGGCUUUCUUCAAGAGAACUAUACAAGCCAGUAAUUUUACAGGAAACAUCGAAUACACUUGUCCGGCGAACGGCGAGUGCGAGAUAAACAAACGAAGACGGAAGGCAUGUCAGGCGUGCAGAUUUCAGAAAUGUUUGCGGCAAGGAAUGCUGAAGGAGGGCGUACGAUUGGAUCGCGUCAGAGGCGGCCGGCAAAAGUACAGAAGAUCCGCGGAUCCUUACACGCCGGUCAAGAGUGCCACGCUAGAGGCUAACGUUGCGUCGGGAGGUCCUACCGAAACGAUAAAGACACGUCGUGUCUCGUCUUUUGCAGAUAACAAGUUGGUCGAAGCCUUAGCGGCCUGCGAACCGGACAUGCUUCAAGUAUGCAGCAUACACAACACGCAGGAGACAGAGCAGAAGAUUCUGGGACAAUUGUCGGAUCUUUAUGAUCGAGAAUUGGUUGGCAUAAUCGGUUGGGCCAAACAAAUCCCAGGAUUCAGCAGUUUAGCGUUAAAUGAUCAAAUGCGGCUUCUGCAGAGUACUUGGGCCGAGAUAUUAACUUUCACUCUGGCGUGGCGAAGCCUGUCGAGUAAUGGCAGAUUGAGGUUUGCGCAAGAUUUUACGUUAGAUGAAAGACUCGCGCGCGAAUGCCACUGUAUGGAGCUCUACACACACUGUAUUCAAAUCGUCGAUAGAAUGCAGCGAUUAAAUAUCUCGCGGGAGGAGUACUACGUUCUGAAGGCACUGAUCCUAGCGAACAGCGAUGCCAGAUGCGAGGAGCCGCAAGCGCUUUACCGUUUCCGUGAUUCCAUCUUGAAUUCUCUGUCGGAUUGUGUGGCCGCGGUGAGGCCGGGCCAGGCUCUCCGCGCCACCCAGAACAUGUUCCUAGUGUUGCCCAGUCUUAGACAGGCCGACGGGAUUGUCAGACGAUUUUGGUCCACCGCGUACAGAUUGAACAAGGUAUCGAUGAACAAGCUGUUCGAAGAGAUGCUCGAGAACGUUUGUAACCGAUGAAAUAAUGACUCGAUUAUUCGGCACCUGGUCACGCGUUGUCUACCGAAAGUUGGGGAGAUGUCUCUUCAUCAUUAACGUGAUUAUUAUUAUUAUUAUUAUUAUUAUUAUUAUUAUUAUUAUUAUUAUUA